CGGAUACAGAAGGCUCGAUUAGCUUUUACCAACUUGCGUCAUUUAUGGUGUAGGCGAGAUAUCCGUCUAUCAACCGUCCUACUUUAUGGCAGUGAAGCAUGGCCGGUAAGAGUAGAGGAUAUUCGUAGGUUACUAGUAUUUGAUCAUAGGUGUCUUCGAAAUACUGCUCGUAUAUCCUGGGACCAUCGAGUAAGUAACGCAGUUGUUAGGAAACGGGUACUAGGUAAGGAUGGCAAAUCAAUUGAUGACGUAAUGAAACUUCAUCAGUUGAGAUGGCUGGGACAUGUGUUACGUAUGCCCAACGACCGACUGCCUCAAUGUGCGAUGUUUUGUUGUAUAGGAGUAGAUUGGAAGAAAGCUAGGGGCGGCCAGACCAAAACAUGGCACAAGUCCAUGAAGUCACUGACAAGUGGACUGAGUCAUGUUGGUAGGUGUAGACUACCUGGUUGUGGACCGCGAGAUGAUAGUAACCGAUGGUUAGAGACCCUGAAUGACAUGGCUCAAAAUCGUUUGUAAUGGCGCAGGUGCAUCCACUCUUUGUGUUCUCCCAAAUUUUGAUCUUCUGAAUUCUUCAUGUCCCUUUCUUUUUUCUCUUUCCAAAUUUAUUUCACUGGAUUAUACUUCUUGAAUAACAUCUUCAAACCCUAAUUUUUCUAAUUACAGCUUAUAAUUUUACUACAUCUAGCACUACGGGAUUUGAAUCGACCACUGCAUCUCUGUGCAAAUGUGGUGUGGCAACUCAAACUGAUGUACGUACGUGCGAAGUUCUACGUUGAUACUGACUGACCAAGGAGUGAUUGACCAUUUGACUGAGCCAUGGUGAAAGAACUUGGACCAGGAACUUUGUCGGCAAGUAAUAGUAAUACUGAUCUACCGGCAACUGGUAAUACUAAUCAACCACAGUUAUCAUCUCGUAGUUCAAAUUGUACCGUUGCUGGAGGCACGGUGGCUCCUCAAAUCAACUUUCGGAAUCUUCCAAGUACUAAUAUAGGAACAAGCGGGAAUAUCUUGUCGAAAAAUUAUUACCCUUCAUCCAAUAAUAAUGAUUUUAGUAAUAACAACUGGCAGAAUGAUACAUUAACAAAUAAUCAUGUUAAUUCAAUUGCUGGCGGUGACGGUGAUUUAGCUAUGCUUCGAUCAGCUAAUGAAGGUGAAGUACCUGAGGAAGUUCUUCAUUUUCAUGAAGUUAUCGAUCAGAUUGAACGUAUGGAAGAGGAGAUUUGUGAUGAUCACAAAGCUGUUUGUCAUUCUAUGAGCGAUUGGACUAAAGAACAUUAUUCUUUAUACAAAAUAUCAAAUCAAGUGGAAUUCGAUGUUGAAGAAUAUAGUGCUCGUUUAGAAUAUCUACUUAGCAAACAAAUUAAAAUUUUAUCCUCUUUAAAAGGUAAGUUAAUAAUAUUGAUAAUUUUUUUUAAUAGUCAGUUUAUUAUUAUCAUUAUUUCUAUUAGUGAUACUAUAGCACUUUUACGUAUGUCUGAACACCGAUUAUCACGACGCACAAUGCUCACUAGUGUUGGAGACGGUUGGAAGAGAGUUAGGGGUGGCCAAACCAAAACGUGGCAUCAGUCAAUGAAGUCACUAACUUCCGGUCUGAGCCAUGUUGGUAGAUGCAGACUACUUGGUUGGGGGGUCCACGUGACUAUCGUAACCAAUGGUUGGAGACUUUGGGUGACAUGGCUUAUAAUCGAUCACAUGGGAUUGAAAUCGCUUUAUAUCUUUCUUCCUGUACUAUAUCCUUAUAUGCAAUCUUUCUUUUAUAUAUUACCACUAUUGAAUUAACUACUUCUAUGAAUCCGAUGUUCGUCUUGUUAUGCUAAUGAGGUAUGGCAACUUGGACUGAUGCAUAUAUGUGCCUGGUCCUACGUUGUAUCUGACUGACUGAUAGCACUGUCAUUGUUGCAUAAACAUAAAUAUUAUCUUUGAAAUUAAGUAGAAAUGAACUAAGCACGUAAGUUUGAAGUUGGCCUUAAUUAAUGCAUCUGAUAUAACGGUUGAAUGAAGAUAAAUUCUGUUUACUUCAACAGUAGAACUUGUGAACUUAAGAUUGUGUUAUAACUUGUGGGUUUGUACCCCUAUCAAUGUAUAACGUAAUGAUACCGCCAAUUAGAGAGCAGUGAAUUAUCGAUUGGACCAAUGACGCAUAAAACCUGUACGGGCAGUCUACAGUCCUUAUCGAUCCUGCUUCCAGCCUGGCCCUACUUGUUAAGUCAAGAACACCAAUCUCAGCCUCUGUGAUAUGAAUCAUUUAUUUCAAACAUACUGGAUUUAUAUACCAACCAAACAGACCACAUCGUACCGCCAAAUAGAAAAUAACAUUUGUACAAGAUUUAGCCAAAUGUGGUUGUGAAUGUGGGAGACAGUAAUUGAUAGACUGGGUAUAGCUUAACAAUGGCAAAUCAUAUAAUGAGAGUCUAUGGGUCAAAAUAAAGCUUAUGAUAAGAGGGACACGAUUAUGAAUAGUUGAGUUAUUUAUCAAUUAUAUGAUAAAUAUAUAUAUAUGUAUAGUAUUAGUCCAUAAAUGGAUCUCAAUAGUUACCAUUCAUUAUUCUUAUCGAGAUAUAACGGAUUCUACUACCCCUGAACUGGAUACUCCGACUGAUAGGUUGUGAACAGAUCGGGGUCUUGUUCUACAGAAUGCGCGAAUUAAGACCAAAUAUAGAGAAUCAGGGUAUAAAUGAGACAAUAUUUUACUCAGUACAAUUACAAGCAGUUUACACUCAGUGAGUUAGUUCAGAGUCGAAUUCAAUAUGAGGAAAGAAGAUCAUAAAUUAAAUAGUCAACUAGAUCUGUCUAUCUGUUCAUUAGUCACUCUUCAGCACCACAUCUACACAACCCAGUUCAGAAAAAUAAAACGACAUUUACUCAUCGGAAAUCAGUUUGUCGUAUAAGUUACUACCUAAAUAACUUAUUGUUUUACAAUAAAGGCUGAUUGAAUACAGUCUAUGAUAUCAACAAAUGGAGGAAAUCCAAACUGUGUUUUGUUGUUUAUCUGAAGACGAAAUUAAACAUCUUAUCAACUUUGUUCAAAUUUGAUAAUUCUACCACUGACUAGUUCUACAAGUGAAGCAAUCGUUAUGACAUACAAUUUUUUUCACUCGGUGAAUUAAUGUAGAUUCUAUUCUAACAAUUGUACAUAUUUAUAAUUUACGAAAUCAGUCAGUAAUACAAAUAGGCCUCUAUACAAAUAAAGUAUAACUGUAGUCGGAAUAUGAUAACUAUUAUUCAAUAAUUAUAACCAAAAAUGGGUAGUGGAUAGCAGUGGAAUACAGGACGCGCGCCGCUUCGUCCUAUUUGGGACUCGUCAGCUGGAUGUACGUGUAUCUCAGAGUUGAUAUUCAAUCCGGAGCUUGAACCCAGUACUGUUCGCUUCAGACGUCAAAUACUUUUGAAUUAAAGCAAUAUGCACAUAUGCCAAUAAGAGACUGAUUAGUUUCAGUGUUGAUCAUCAAUCGGAAGAUUCAAGUAAUACAAUACCAAGUGAAUUUAAACUUCACCCCAUUGUACGAGCAAGUGGAUAACGCGAUGGCGUUUGAAGCGAACGGUAAUUUAUUCUAGUCCCAGAGUGAACAUCAAUCCUGGGAUGCCAGGUACAUCCAGCUGACGAGUCUUAAAUAAAACGAAGCGUACAUGCGCAUAUACCAAUAAUAAGAGAUUGAUCAAUUGCAGUCGUAAACAUCAAUAGGCAGAUUCAAGUAAAACAAUAACAAGUGAAUUUAUUAUUCAAUAAUGUAUCUUUAUUAUACAACUGGUUAUAUGUGAGAUUAAAGUAUCAAACAUGUUUGAUGACAUUGUUUUACAAGAGAGAGAAAACAAACAAACAAUAAAGUGCCUGGAAAUCCUUAAUCAUUUUCUAAUUUACAUUAAAGCUUUUAUUUGAUGAGAGAGUAUUUCAUCUCUGUUUUUCAUUAUCAUCCUUUCUCGAUUACCUCGUCAGAAAAUUUUUUUUCUAUUUUCACAGAUAAAGUGACAUUAUGGCGCCGUGAUCUAAGACAAGAAGAAGAACUAAGCACUAAUUUACAACGAAAUCAUAAAUUAUAGUUUCUAACUCACUUUACUGAUAACAAAUCAAUACAAGUCAAUAACAUAAAUAAUAUGGAUUGUAAUUGUUGAAUCAAUCAUGUUAUAAUGUUUCGCAUUAUAUGUAUGUAUCCGUCUGUCUGUUUACAAAUUCCCGACCUUGAUGAAAGUGAUCCUAGUCAGCAACAUAUUUUGUUGGUUAGAGUUUGGAUUAGAUAUUUUUUGUCAAUUAAAGAUUUACUGUGAUACGAUAAAUAGGAUUAUGAACUAUGUUCUUUUUACAGUUUGUAUGCGGUUAUAAGCAUAUCAACACAAGCAUUGAGAAGAUCUUUUGUCUUAAACACACUCCUGUUGUGUUUUAUGCUGUUGCACCAUGUUGAACACAUGGUUGCUGGUAUCUGUAUGUCUGUAAAACAUGGAAAGCGUGUGCAGAUAUGGUCUGAUUAUGUAUCAUCAAUCCUUGUUCACUGUAUUUUUUUCUGUUCUCACUAUUCUUAUUCUCCCUAUUUUUUUUAUUUACACCUAUACCAAAUAAAAAGUAGCUCCUCAUGCUUUCUCUCUUUACAUAUUAUCAUUUUUAAAAGUAUAAGCGUUACACAAUUCAAAAUGCAUAUACCAUCAUCAUUUUGUGAUUUUGGUUGUCAAGUCUAACAUUACAUUUCAACCAAUUGAAUGCUCUUCUUCUUUAAAAUACUAUCUACAUUUCCUCCCCUUCAUUUUAAUGCAACAAUGAUCUAUUUGUGCACUGAACUAAUGUUGAUUCAUUUCUCACAUAAAAUGGAAUGUAUGUAUCUAUGCAAUCGCAAUGUAUUGAUUACUGUUUUUAGUUGCUUUCGUAUUCAUUUACUAUUUUGCAUGUUAAGAGGCAAUAGUGUAACCUCACAAUAUUGAUAGUAUCACCACAUGUCCUAAAGACGCCAGAGUUGUUGGUUUUUAUGAACAAUUUCCUCUUCAUUUGUUCAUUCAAUAUUAUAACAAAUACAUUCUUAGGAUCGAAAAGAACACUUGAUCGAAGUUGGUAUGUUUUUCAUUAUGUUUGUGUGUUUCCAUCGUUACUUACCAAAUGUAAACGUCAUGAGUUUAGGUUUGAGUACAAUAGAAUCUGUUUUUCUCCUAAAUAUGUUAGUCAAAUUAUCGACUGUGUAACAUACAGAGUUGAAUCCAAGCAGGUGUAAUUCUGCUUUAGGAAGUAUUUUUGUUUCUCCACUACAUGGCAGUCUUCAACAUAUCCAUUUACCUUCAUGAAUAUUUACUUCCUGUUCGGUAACGUUGUGUUUAGACAAUGUGAUGAGAUUUUAGUAAGUUAGUCAUAAGCCGCGUUUGCACAAUGUGUUGGGAUUACUUCAAGACAAAUCCCAUUAUAGACGUAUCGGUAGCAGUAGGACAAACUAGGUGUAUGAAAAUGACUGGUUUUGAAACGUUCUAAUCCACAGAUAACGACUCACGACCUUAUCAAUCGACUUUCCAACUCCCCCGGACACCCUGUAUCUGACAUUGUCAUCGUUCACUUAAUGAUAGGACGAGUUGGAUUGCUUUGAGAGACCUCUAUUAUCAAGUGUGUAAUUUAGCUGGUCAAUACGUAAGUGCCUUGCUAAAUAUUUCGUCAUUUCAACUUCAAAAUAGUUAGGUGGACGCGCUUCGUGAUAACGAUCCAAUUAUUUGCCAUUUGAA